ACCAACCACCACCAAGCAGCAGUGCGAAAGAACAUUGGGUAGCGGGAGGAAAAGGUAGUUGGUCGUUGUUACCCUCAGGAGUUUCGCCCCCCAGUCUCGAUUCUGUGGCGGUGACCACCUCUCUCCGGAAUCCCAAUACGAGAGGAUGAUGGAUCGAUGUCAUCUCUCCGCCCUGAGCGUUCCGUUGUUCCUGCUGAUCGAUUUGUUCGGCGCAACAACAGCAGCCGCAGCACCAGCAGUGCCAGCAGCAACAAGACGGCCUCCUCUGGGCGUGCCCCUCAGACGAAGGUCGCCUUCAUCUGCCUCCAUAGCGCAGGACCGCUCGCUGUGGAGAAGGAGACGGCUUGCAGAUGGCGAGGAGGACGCUGCGCAGGAUUUCCAAGCCGGAGUGGUGGAGGUGAUGGACUGCGAAAACACGGAGUACAGCGGCGUGGUGGGCAUCGGGACGCCUCCGCAAGAGUUCGAGGUUGUGCUUGACACCGGGAGCUACAACCUGUGGGUUACAGGCGUUUCCUGUACCGAAGACUGCGAUUACUUCAACAAGUACGACUCCGCCUUGUCGAGCACCUACGUCGAAGACGGCAGGAAAUUCUCACAGAUUUACGAGGAUGGUUCCGAGGCAUCAGGCAUUCUGUCGGUGGACACUCUGAGCAUCGGCGGGUUGACCACCACCGCUACGUUCGGAGAGAUGUCCACCAGAUCUAUGGACGGCUGCACCACUAUGGAUGGAAUCAUGGGCAUGGGUGUCCCGAGCUCGGACAAACAGAGCGUCUUCGAAGACCUUGUGGAGGCGAAUGUGGUGGACGUACCGAUCUUCUCUUUCUUCAUGGGAAACAUCGACACGGGCUCACCCACGGGUUUCCUUACCCUGGGAGGCGUCAACCAGACACACUACGAAGGCUGCUUGGAGUGGGUAGCUGUGGCGGAGAGCGCCAGCCCCGACGGCUUCUGGUCCAUUGUUCUGCAGAACAUCUACGUCGGUUCCAGCAGCGUGCUCCGAUCACCGAUUUCGGCCAUCUUCGACACUGGAACCUCGAUGAUAGUGGGGCCGUUCGCUGACGUGGCCUAUCUUGCCGAAGAAAUAGGAGCCACGUGCGUUUACUUCACGGGCGUAGAUUCCAGCAGCGUGGAAACGAUGGAUUGCGUGAGCAACCCUCGCGAGGUGGAACUGAUCCUUAUGGAGUGCGACUCGGAGUUCGACGACAUCAACUUCUCCUUCGGAGGGGACGACUUUGCCCUCACGUCCAACGAGCUCCUCCAGCCCCUCACGGACUUCGUCCCUUCAACGGUGUCUUCUUCGUCAACCGAGCCGUGGUGCCUUUUCGGGAUGUUGGGCCACCAGGAGAACAUGUGGAUCCUGGGAGACUCGUUCCUCCGCACGUUCUACACCGCCUACAACGUCGAGGACAAGACCGUGGGCCUCGCCAGGGCCACCGCCCUCAGGAUAGGCGGCGAGUGCGAGGCGGACGCUCCUGUCUCGGCGACGCCGGUGAACGGCGGCGACGACGGCGAUGAUGAUGCAGCAUCAGACGCCGGUGAGGCCGCCCAGGCAACGACAAGCCCGACGACGCCCGAGCCAUCCCCGGCGGCUAGCAGCGCUCAGGCCACUACUGCACCGCUGCUGCCGCUUCCACCUCCCUCCUCUGACGGCAGCGAGGGCGACGCCUCCUCUGCCGGUUCCGCUACGCCGGCGCCUGACGACGUUGGGGACGGAAGCAGCGGCAGUGGGGAAGCGGGGGGGGCGUCGCAGGGUGGGCAGGGUAGCCAGAGCGAUGAAGGCGCCGCUGUUGGGAGUGACGAGGUGCCGGGCGGCGCCGGCGGGGACUCGGGACAGCCGAGCCUGGCGGCGGUUGCUGCCGCGGCCUCGAUAGGGACGCUGGUGGCCGUGGCGCUCUGCGGGAUCACCGGCAUCCUCGUGGUCCGCCGCAUCAGGAGAGGAGAGCACCGGCACACGAAGCUGGAGAUGGGGAGAGCCGGGGGAGGCGGCAAGGUGGUGGAGGGGGCCGAGGACGACUUCUUGCAGGCGGGGCCCGGGGGCUACCGGGAUAACGGGAGCGGGUCUCACCGGUACCGCGUCGCCGCCGCUGAGGCGAGCCGCGGCGGCGGUGGCGGCGGCGGCCGGUUGACUGUGGUUUCGGGGACGAGCGGUGAAGAGGAGGAGGAGGGCGAGCUCGAUGACGAGGUGGAGGUUGACUUCGGCGUCUCGCGUGCGACGGCCGGUUCGGGAACGCCGUCGGGGGGGGGACCCUUGGGGAGGAUGUUCGGCCGACCGGGGGAGGGAUUUGCGGCGUUGGGUGAUGACCAUCGUCAGGGCGACGAGCUGGUCGAUGGGGGGCGGUCGUCGGACUCGCAGCCUUUCGGGGUGUGAGAGGACGGGCGAAGCAGCCGGGUGUGAUCCGCUUGAGCUUGCUGCGAUGCAAAGAGCGGGCCGAUUUUUGGCAUCAGAGAACGGGAGAUACGGGUUGUGGGUAUUGUUGUCAAGACGUCACCGGCUUCUGCGGACAUUGAUCGGUUCUCGUUACCCAAACUGGUACAGGUGGUUUUUUGGUUGGUUUGUUUUAGUCGCCCUGAGGAUGAGUCGUUGUUUGUUGUUUAUUUCCUUUAAGUGUGCGUACUGCUGCAGCGAUGCUUGUGCUGAAAUCGCAUCGUUGCUCUGCUUGGUGGACCAAUAGUGUUUUCAUCUCGAUAGGGAAGAAAGGAAAUGUCCCGUUUCUUUCGUGCGUCGUAUUUUUGUUUUCUUGUCUGCUGUCCCAACCAACUCAUGUCGUCCAUGAUUACUCUAGUUUCGUCGGUCUGUUUCUGCUGCCCUGUUGCAAAUAAAAGUGUCAACCAACAGUCCCAUUCCGUCGAUCGAGACGAGGACAACUACAGUCCUUCGCCUUGCUGGCGCCUUUUUUGUCGUAUAUUUUGUGUGCCAGCGGCCCAUCGUCAACCCCCUACAGGUGUCUGUAGAAAGAGGUGUACUUCGGUGGUGGCUUGCGUGUCGGAUGUUGAGUUCCGUAAGCCGUUCACCCUAGAAGGUGUUCCCGCAGGCAGGGUUAAAAAAACUGUAGGUUGUAGGUUGUGAAGGGUUCGCUAGCGCCUGCUGCUGGACAAGAUUUGUUUCAAUGCUUUUUUCGGGAUAGCGCUGACUGAAACCCCGAUUUCCAUUUGCGGAUUACCACAAAACUGUGUUUGGUCGUUGUGAGAUGACAUGAGGAGUUUGCCGCAGCCUAUCGAGGCCAGCGGUCUCUCCCUCGUCCCCCAUCUCCGAGAUGCGAAGCGGCAUCAAGCAUGGCAUGUGAAGCACAUGCCGCACGAAACAUUACCCAAAACGGAUAAAGGCAAAUCAAAGCCCGUGUCAUCGGUCGUGUGUGGCGGCCUUGUAUUUGCUUCAGCAAUAAAAGGCAGUGUCGGUCUGUAAGUGAU